GCUUAAGCGAUCACACACGCGCAGCUCUUCGUUUCCUACGCGUGGAGAAUUGGCUCGACAGAGAGUAGAACACAAGUUAGGUUUUUUCCAAUUGUUGUUUUGAGUUGACGAUGGAACUUCGUAUUGGGAGUAAGUUCCGGCUUGGUCAAAAAAUUGGGAGUGGCUCAUUCGGAGAGAUUUACCUAGGAACUGAUGUUCAGACUAAUGAAGAUGUUGCUGUUAAGUUUGAAAGUAUCAAGACUAUGCAUCCACAAUUGUUAUCUGAGUCAAGGAUCUAUCAACUUCUUCAGGGUGGAACUGGGAUUCCAAACAUGAAAUGGUGUGGCGUCGACGCGGAUCACAAUGUCUUAGUGAUGGAUUUGCUUGGUGGAAGCCUUGAAGAUUUGUUUAGUUAUUGCAACAGGAAAUUUACUUUGAAGACAGUUCUCAUGUUAGCUGAUCAAAUGAUUAAUCGGCUUGAGUUCAUCCAUUCUAAGUCGUAUAUUCAUCGUGAUAUAAAGCCGGAUAAUUUUCUUAUGGGUUUGGGAAGGCUGGCAGAUCAGUUCUACAUCAUAGACUUUGGCUUGGCUAAGAAAUAUAGAGAUAGUUCAAGCUACCGACAUGUCCCAUACAGGGAGAAUAAAAGUCUAAUUGGGACUCCAGCUUUUGCCAGCUUGAACACUCACCUAGGGAUCGAGCAAAGCCGGAGGGAUGAUAUAGAAUCACUUGGUUAUAUCCUCAUGUACUUCCUCAACGGAAGUCUCCCAUGGCAAGGACUGAAAGCUGCAAACAAGAAACAAAACUACGACAAGAUUAAGGAGAAGAAAGUUUCAACCUCCAUCGAAACGUUAUGCAGAGGUCAUCCAACAGAGUUUGCGUCCUACUUCCAUUACUGUCGUGCGCUUAGGUUCGAAGAUAAGCCAGACUAUGCAUAUUUGAAGAGACUAUUCCGCAACCUUUUUACUCGUGAAGGUUUUCAGUUUGAUUUUGUGUUCGACUGGAUGGUAUUAAAGUAUCAGCAAUCACAAUGCGGAAACCCUCCACUUCAUGCCCAUGUACACUCUUGAUACUUAAAAUUUUUGAUCUCGUU